AUGACCGAUUGGGGUAUGGGUGAAAUGACAUGUCAGAAAGCUCAGCGGGGAUAUCUAGAGUUCUGCUUUGGCCUUUCAGAUGGGGAAGGUUGCGAGCGUCUAUGGAGCGCACUCAAACAUCUCAUUGCUCCGCUACGUGUUUCAGGGUUUCAUCAGCGACUUUUUGUCCUCAACACUCAAGUCCGGCACCUAGAUGACAAGAACCUUGUUUUGUUUGGCAAUUGGUUGAGCCGGAGGUGGAAUAACUGCGUGAAGAAGAAGAGUAUUGCAAUGCAAGCUCUACACAAGACCCCUGCCUUUGAUCUCAAUAGGAAGAUCAAAGACAACCUAUGCGCGAACCUUAGUGCUCUUAUCAGACAACGCCGUAGUCCUCCCAAUGCCAUAGCACCCAACCCUAUCUCUCCUGCUGGUAUUUUCGAUCUUGAUAUUGAUGCUGACAUUUGGCAGGACAUUGGACUCGAUGAUGUUGUGCUGGAACCCCCUGAUUGGUUAGCUGAUGAGGCCACUCGCGCUGCGAUCAAACUGGUGCUCGAGAUUGACCGGUGCAAUGAGGAAGAGUCUCGUGUGAAGGUUGAGUGCUAUACUCUGCAAGAGUGGGCCAUUGCUCAGUGGGAUGCUCUACAGAGGGCCUGCGCUCAUGCAAAAAUAGGUUUCAAACUUGUGAAAAAAUUUCUUUUCAUGGGCUGGUACAUAUCAUGGAGGGUACUUCUAGGAAUGAUAUGAGCCAACAAUUAAAGAAAUCGGCGGUUGGGUUGUGGAGAUAUGGCCAAAAUACUGACUUUUUGGCCCCACCACCAUAUGUCACCAAUAUUGAUCUCCAGGUGGUCCAGGAUCAUCACCAAUCGAUUCCUACACCUAAAA